AUGCCGCUACCUUCCUCCUUCGCCGCCGCCGCCGCCGCCGUCGCAGCCGGGCCGGCGGCGUCGCCGCUCGCUGCACGCAGCCGGUGCGGCCUCCACCGUCCGCGCUCAGGCCCCGUCGCCGUGAAGUGCCAAAGGAUUGAUCCUCUGAAACUGAGGGCAGUAAAUGGAACCAGCCCCUACGUUCCGUUGUCUGACAAAUCACUAUGGACACCUAUGACGAUGCCAGUUAUUGGGGACACAAACAUUAGGAAGGAUGACACGAGGUUGCGUAUCUUCUCAGGAACGGCCAAUCCUUCUCUCGCCCAGGAAAUAGCGAGCUACAUGGGUUUGGAGCUUGGGAAGAUCAACAUAAAAAGAUUUGCUGAUGGCGAAAUAUAUGUUCAGUUACAAGAAAGUGUAAGGGGAUGCGAUGUGUUCCUGGUGCAACCUUCAUGUCCUCCAGCAAACGAGAAUCUCAUGGAGCUACUCAUCAUGAUUGAUGCCUGUAGAAGAGCAUCUGCUAAGAAUAUUACUGCAGUUAUCCCUUAUUUCGGUUAUGCCAGGGCUGACAGGAAGUCUCAAGGUCGUGAAUCUAUAGCUGCAAAACUUGUAGCUAAUAUGAUAACAGAAGCUGGUGCAAACCGUGUCCUUGUCUGUGAUCUUCAUUCAAGUCAGGCUAUGGGAUACUUUGACAUCCCUGUAGAUCAUGUUUAUGGCCAGCCGGUGAUUCUUGAUUACCUCGCCAGCAAGACAAUAUGUUCAAAUGACUUGGUGGUGGUGUCGCCCGAUGUUGGAGGUGUUGCCAGGGCACGCGCUUUUGCCAAAAAGCUAUCAGAUGCACCUCUAGCAAUUGUAGAUAAAAGAAGGCAUGGACACAACGUUGCUGAGGUAAUGAAUCUUAUUGGUGAUGUUAGAGGAAAAGUGGCUGUUAUGAUGGAUGAUAUGAUUGAUACAGCAGGAACUAUUGCCAAAGGAGCUGAGCUGCUUCAUCAAGAAGGAGCAAGAGAAGUCUAUGCAUGUUGUACACAUGCUGUUUUUAGCCCACCUGCCAUUGAAAGAUUGUCAAGCGGAUUGUUUCAAGAAGUAAUCAUCACAAACACGAUCCCUUUGAAGGAGGAGAAGAACUUCCCGCAGCUGACCAUCCUCUCGGUUGCUAACCUUUUGGGCGAGACGAUCUGGCGUGUUCAUGAUGAUUGCUCGGUCGGUCACGCGCCAUACUCCACCUUGGAUAUAGACUGAUGCUUGCAUUACACUUGGUGGUGCUUCCAUCUGUGUGGUCCCUUGUUUGAUGCCUAGGAAUAGUUGUCCAAGAUGGCUUUUUUUUUUUUAAUCUUCUCCACUUUCUUUUCGUGGAAUAAGCUCUCGGUGUGAUCUGAGAUCCUGUUGGAUGAAAAAACCCUGAUCAUGUGCUUGAACGUUAGUAUACAUUAGACCUUGUUUGGUUAAUACACUUCUCAAGUGUAUUGAACUGGAUUGAGAGGGAUUGGGGGAGAUUUUUGCUUAGAUGGGAUUUAAUCCCCCUCAAACCAUGCCAAUCCCCUCUGUAAUCUGUGAAACCGAACAAGGCCUUAGAUGGAAGUUUGAGUCUGUAAUUUACGCUGUAUGUGUAUACUGUAUAUGUAUGCCCGCUUAAACCCUGUCAUGUUCUUUUUAGAUAAUAGCUAGUCGUCUUGGAAUGUAAUGUGUGCUUGUUCACAACGGCAUAAGAGUUGACGAUCUAUGUUUCCUUUUGCGGAAUAAUUCUGCUAUGAACAUCACA